UGACGCGGCACGGAGGGGCAUCUCCUUCCGGGUCCGGGCUGCAGGGGGAGGGCGCUCGAUGCCGCCGCUUCGGAGCCCCGCAGUCAGCGCUAGACGCCGAGCAGCGCGGAGCUGCAGUUCGUUCCAUCGGACGGGUAGCCUAUCGCAGGCAGCGGGAGUCCCGAGUCGCGGACUGUCCGCCCUUUAGUCGCCGCGUAGAGGACGCCGUUCGGCGGCAUGACAUAAUCCCCGUUUUCGUCCGUUUCGUGUCGCCCAGCUCGCUUGGCUUGAAUCCCGGAGAUCGGACUGCAGCGAGCGGGGGGCCAGCCACCCCGAUCCCCGUCAGCGCUUCGCUUCCCCGGCCCGCUACUCCGCAUGCCUAUGGGCGCCUUCGGGCUCAUCUGACGGGGCUGACGAAGACUUGAAGCGUGUCUCUUUUCGGGGAGGAGGGACCCCCAAGAUCUGUGUGAAAUUACCGGUGAAGGGGACAUUUCGGAGCGUCGCCUCCCCCCAGUGAGAAUGCAUUCGUGAGUGGUGGAUACGGUCACCCCCUCGGAGCCCCUGCAGACGCGGAUUGGAGACCCUGUUGUUCAGCCCCUGUGGCUUCUCUAUAGCCCGCGGAGUGCCCCCCCCCUCCCAUCAGUCCCUGUGAGCUGGCGCUGGCAUAGAUGAGCCCUCGUGCUGCGUGAGGCCGCCGUCGGGGGAGGAGCGCGCGCCGGAGCUCUCCGGCAGCCGUGGAGCCUGCAGAGCAGCGUGUUUCCGUGGAGGACAGCUCGCCGGCCAAGGGUGACAUGAGGAAGUUUGCCUACUGCAAAGUGGUGCUGGCCACUUCACUGGUGUGGGUCAUGCUGGACAUGUUCAUCCUGCUGUACUUCAGCGAGUGUAACAAGUGUGACGACAAGAAGGAGAGGGGUCUGCCUGGGAGAGAUGAGGUGGUACAGAAACCCCACGAUGGCCCGGGAGAGAUGGGCAAGCCUGUGGUCAUCCCUAAGGAGAACCAGGAGAAGAUGAAGGAGCUCUUCAAGAUCAAUCAGUUCAAUCUCAUGGCCAGUGAGAUGAUCGCCCUCAACAGGUCACUGCCGGACGUGCGGCUGGAAGGGUGUAAAAACAAGCUGUACCCGGACGAGCUGCCUCGCACGAGCGUCGUCAUCGUGUUUCACAAUGAGGCGUGGAGCACCCUGCUGCGCACCGUGCACAGCGUCAUCGACCGCUCACCGCGCCGCCUGCUGGAGGAGCUGGUGCUGGUGGACGACGCCAGUGAGAGAGAUUUCCUGAAGCGCCCGCUGGAGCAGUACGUCCGGAAGCUGGAGGUGCCGGUACGGGUGGUGCGGAUGGAGCAGCGGUCUGGGCUGAUCCGUGCUCGGCUGAAGGGGGCCUCGCUCUCCACGGGCCAGGUCAUCACCUUCCUAGAUGCCCACUGUGAAUGCACCGUCGGCUGGCUGGAGCCCCUGCUUGCCCGAAUCAAAAUGGACAGGAGGACCGUGGUGUGUCCCAUCAUCGACGUGAUCAGCGACGACACCUUCGAGUACAUGGCCGGGUCCGACAUGACCUACGGCGGCUUCAACUGGAAGCUCAACUUCCGCUGGUACCCUGUCCCACAGAGGGAGAUGGAUCGUCGGAAAGGGGACCGCACGCUGCCCGUCAGGACGCCCACUAUGGCUGGGGGUCUCUUCUCCAUCGACAGAGACUACUUCCAGGAGAUCGGCACCUACGAUGCUGGCAUGGACAUCUGGGGAGGGGAGAAUCUCGAAAUCUCCUUCAGGAUCUGGCAGUGUGGCGGGACCCUCGAGAUCGUCACGUGCUCCCACGUGGGUCACGUGUUCCGCAAGGCCACCCCCUACACCUUCCCUGGGGGCACGGGCCAAAUCAUCAACAAGAAUAACCGUCGGCUGGCCGAGGUGUGGAUGGACGACUUCAAGAACUUCUUCUACAUCAUCUCGCCUGGUGUGACCAAGGUGGACUACGGUGACAUCGCCACGCGCACGGCACUGCGGCAGAAACUUCAGUGCAGGCCUUUCUCCUGGUACCUGGAGAACGUGUACCCCGACUCGCAGAUCCCCCGACACUACUACUCGCUGGGAGAGAUCCGCAAUGUGGAGACCAACCAGUGCCUGGACAACAUGGCAAGGAAGGAAAACGAGAAAGUCGGCAUCUUCAACUGCCACGGAAUGGGCGGCAAUCAGGUAUUCUCCUACACAGCCAAUAAGGAGAUCCGCACGGACGACCUGUGCCUGGACGUGUCUAAGCUGAGCGGCCCGGUCAUGAUGCUGAAAUGCCAUCACCUGAAGGGUAACCAGCUGUGGGACUAUGACCCCGUGAAGCUGACACUCGUGCACGUCAACAGUAACCAGUGUCUGGACAAAGCGACAGAGGAGGACAGCCAGGUGCCCAGUGUCAGGGACUGCAAUGGCAGCCGGUCCCAGCAGUGGCUCCUGAGGAACGUCACACUGCCGGAGAUCUUUUAGGCUGACCCAGGGAGAGGCGAGGGGGGGAGAGAGCCAGAGAAAGGGAGAGAGGCAGCCAGGCAUGGACUGCUGAACGAGCACUGGCAGGAGGGGGGGGGAGGCGCUGCCAGAACAGGACCGGCUGGAGAGGGGCGUUUUUUUGACUGGGGUAUCUCGGCACACGACUCAGCCGCCCUGCGCCCCCCCUCCCCGUGGCCCCUCCUCGCUUUUCAUGGAAGAGACGGACGGGCGCUUAAGGAAGAGGAGGAACAGACUUGUGGUGCACUUGGCUUCCUUGUCCUUGGACGUUACCCCAGUGCUGCCACUGUUAUGUUUACCUGACUGUGUCUUUGGGGGGGGGGUGCUUUUCAUUGUCUGUUCUUGCCUGUUUAUUGGAAGGUGAGGGACAGUGACGCUCUUAUAAGAAAGGGCUUGCCUUUUUUUUUUUUUUUUAAACCCCCCCCUCCCCCCACAUGCAUAUCAGAAUAUUUACAUGCUUCGUGAUAUUGACCUGUGAGGUGUACAGCACUGCCUGUCACUGUCCAAUGGGAGGCCCUGCCAGUCGACUACUUUGCUUGGCAGGCCUUCCUAUUGGCUGAGCUGAACAGGAAGAAGUCACAGUGGGCGGGGCAAAUUCCAUAGCAGGCUAAGUUUAAUGAGCUCCCACAUUUUAAAAUCGCAGACAAGGAAAUGAAGCCGAAAUGAAGAAGUUAGACAGGCUUGACUUUAAUUCCUAGAAAUCAAAAAGAGAAACGAUCAGUUUGAUAUCUAUGAUUUUUAUUGUACAAUUUUUUACACGAAUGAUUAAAAAGUUUAGUUUUUUUUUUUUUUUGGUUUUACAUUUUUGAGUGCCACAGAAUUGUAAUUUUUAGUUUUAUUUUUUCGUUUUUUGUCUGCCUUGAAGCACGGCGUCAGUAUGGAGGACACCCGCCUUUCUGUAUGUCCCUGGUCCUUCGCCUCCAUGGCCGUCUCCUGACCCACCCUCUUGCCGUUUUCCCAGCUCCCACGGGAGGCAGGCCGUCGUGCCGAUCGGCCCAGUGCAGCUCCUGAGACACUCCGAGGUGUCCCUCCCCGUCCCGCAAGGCCAGCAUCGGUGGCCGUCCUCCCCGAGUGCCACCAGAGCUUCUCUGCUUGGCCAGGUUCUCUUCAGUUUCUGUUCAUCUUUCCACUGGACACUGAAGGAGCUGUUAGGUGCCAGCGUCUCCUGCGGAGGGGGCAGCACAGGCCCUGUCUGAAGAUGUCCACCAUAGUGGACAUAGAGUUUGGCCCAGGGCAAUGCUUCUGGCUUUCUUCCUGUAGAUAUCAAACCUUGACUUUGAGUGGACUGCAGAUUCGGAUGAACGUGAUGGUCCAGCCCCCCACCCCCAAGGUCUGGCCCUCAUGGAGCAGGGGUGUCCCACUCAUUCCAUAUCGACGGCCAGCAGCUCCGCCCUGGGGACUAUUCCGUUGCAUUUCACCAUGUUUGUCGCAUUUUAGUGUGGAGGACCAACCGAGGAUCUGCCUGCGAUUCCUUUUAGCAGGUGGGGGGGAGGGGGUGCCGAUAUGUUGGGUCAUUGCUUCUCACCGACCUGUAUUAUGUCAUUUCCACUAACUGAGGGGUCUUCAGAGACUACACUGUCCUGGGGGGCUGUUUGAGUGUGUGAGGAGUAAAUAAAAGUGGAGAAUGUGUUUACA